AAAGGUCUCAAAGCUGCAAGGAAAUAAGUGGGAUGAAUUUUGGCAGGAUUACAUUUAUCAGGGGCCUUUUAUGCAAUUGAAAGAAUCUUAUUUAGCGCUUUUUAACCAUUUGAGGAAUCUUGCGUCGUCUUCCUUAAACCCUUCCAAUUGAUGACCUCUUGCAUACUUAGGAUUUAGUACAACAGCAGAGAAAUGGAGAGCCCAGAAGAAGCAAAGCUCCAGUGUUUUCUCCAAUGGCUUGAGGUGAAUGGAGUUCAAUUACGUGGUUGCAAGAUCAAAUACUCUGAUUCUUGUAAAGGGUUCGGAAUUUUUUCUGCAAGCAGUGUUCCUGACGGCAUUCUGUUGGUAGUUCCACUGCAUUUAGCAAUUACUGCAAUGAGGGUUCUCCAAGAUCCAUUGUGUGGACCUGCAUGUAGCGCAUUGCGUGAUGAAGGACUAUUGGAUGAUAGAUUGUUGAUUAUCUUGUUUCUAACUGUGGAGCGUCUACGUAAAAACUCUCUCUGGAAGCCAUAUCUGGAUAUGCUUCCAAACACAUUUACCAAUUCCCUUUGGUUUUCUGACAAUGAGCUUUUAGAGCUAAGGGGAACGCCAUUAUAUAGAGCAACAGAGUUGCAGAAGAAAAAUCUGCUGGCCUUAUUCAAUGAGAAAGUGAAGAAAUUAGCAGAUAAACUAUUGAUUGAUGACGGCCAGCUCGAAAGUGAUGUGACAUUCAGCGACUUCCUCUGGGCAAAUUCUGUCUUCUGGUCUCGAGCACAAAAUAUUCCUCUUCCACACUUGUAUGCGUUUCCAGACACUCAAGAAAACCAAGACGCCACUAUCAGCUCCAAUAGUGGAGAAAAUGGGCGAUCUGACAGUCAUGUUUCAAAACCUCAAACUUUUGAGGAUGGCACUCAAGUUGCUGGACAACAAGGAGAGACAGUUUGGGUUGAAGGUAUUGUUCCUGGCAUCGAUUUCUGUAACCAUGAUUGUAAGGCCCUGGCAACAUGGGAAGUUGACGGAAUGGGAUCAAUGACUGGAGUUUCUUGCUCUAUGUAUCUUUUUUCUGCUGGACAAAAUCCUUUUGAGAAGGAGACAGAGAUCUCGAUUAGCUAUGGAAAUAAGGGAAAUGAGGAGCUACUUUACCUGUAUGGAUUUGUCAUGAAGAACAACCCCGACGACUAUCUCAUGGUUAAUUAUCCGGUGGAUGCCAUACAGAAUGUUGCUUUCUCUGAACAAAAGGAGCAGCUACUUGAAGCACAGAAAGCUGAGUUGAGAUGUCUUUUACCUAGGAGUUUGUUAGAUCAUGGGUUUUUUCCUCCAUCUAUCACACAAGGAGAAAAGGAUGAUAAAUGCAAGGCUGCGCCGGCUUCCAGCUAUAGUUGGAGUGGUCAUCGGAAGUCACCCUCCUACUUGAAUACGCUUGUUUUUCCAGAUGACUUCUUGACUGCGUUGAGGACAAUAGCCAUGAAGGAAAAUGAGCUCUAUCAGGUUGUAUCACUGCUUGAAGAGCUUGUGGGCCCAGAAGGAAAGAGGCAACCAUCUGAGGCUGAAGUCCGAGCGGCAGUAUGGGAAGUUUGUGGGGAUUCUGGAGGACUACAACUGCUUGUUGACCUUCUAAACAUAAAGUUGAUGGAUCUUGAAGAGAGUUCGGGGACGGAAGAAAGUGAUGUUGAGUUACUGAAGAAGGCCCAGGGGUCCGAAGUUCCGGAAGACUGCAAAAGGCCAUAAGCCUCAAUUUCAAGCAAAUAUACUUCACUAAAAUCUGUAGGAAACGACAAAAUCAGAACUUAAGCAGUAGACAUCGAGCCGGCAACAAAAUCAAGCUAGUGAGCUACGCGCCGAACCGGAAUCGAGCCAAUGAUCGGACUCCAACGGUACCCAACCCCUCGGCCGAAAUAUAUGGGCUAGCAUAGUGUAUCGAUUAGGGCAGAAGCAGCUGACCAGGCUAUUUCUUAAGGAGGCAGAACAUGCUUUGCAAUUAGCUUUAAGUGAAGGGAACUAAUAGAACCAUUGCAAAGUGGAAAAGUAAAAUGCUUGUGCUAGUUAGUGAGACUCUUAAGAACCAUAAUAUAUUUCCAAGAAAAGACUAAACCGUGGGGUACAACAUUUCAUUACCCAUUUCUACUUUUUUCUUUUACAAUGUAGGAGUACAUGAUGUAUGAGCAACAUGCAAAUGUCUUAACAACAAUGUGAUUAACAAAAUGAUCUGCUAUCUUUCCCAAA